AGUAUAUCUGGCCAUCCAUAAGUGACAAGGUUUUUUAAAGUCAAGAAAAUGUACAUCUUUCUACUAGCUUCACUUACCAUUGCUAUGGUUGUAGCUUCUCAAACAGGGACGAAAGAAGAACAGGUCUUACGCGCGGUAGUUGAAGGGGUUAAUACCAUCCAAUCGCAAAAGUGUCUUGAAACCAAAUUAGAAAAUUGCUCAACAGAAUUUACUGCCGCAAAAGAUGAAAAAACCGACCUUAAUAUACAAUGCGGGUUAGCCAACACGUAUUUAACAUGUCUGAAGAAUCAACAUUGCAUUAUCAAUGAAGAAAUCAAACCAUGCGCUACAACAAGAAAGAAACGACAGGCAGAUGACUCACAAGUAGUUAAGAAAAACGCUGUGGAUGCAAUACUCGCCUUAACAUGUAAGACAGAGGCUUGCACAUUCAACAAAACAAGCGUGAUGCUCUCGACAACAAAGGAACUGGUCUGCAAAAACAUGGAAACUUAUGGAGAAUGUUUGAAUAAUGCCUGCAAAGACAACGAAGAUUUGGCGAAAAAUAUAACACGCAUUAAUGCAAUCUGCAAUGGUUCAGGUCAUUUUCAAAUAACGUUCUUCGCAGUGUCCUUUGCAAGCUUGCUUCAUGCAUUUAUUCAAAACUAAGCUGAGACUUCUCUUUCGACUAACCUUACCGAAACUUGGAUUUUUCUUUAGAUUUGCUUUUUUUAAACUAAAAUACAAUUUAUUGUAUACGGUCGAUGACUCAGUAACUCAACCACCUAAACAAUUACUUAUUUUAUUUUAAAAAUGAUAACUACCUUUUAUUACAGCUUAAAAUCUCUGCAAAUUUUGGUUUAUCAAGCUGCAAUAAUUUUUUAACACACAAUAUGUGCGACAAAUAUUUAUUGUGUUGUUGGUUGAUACUGAAGAGCACCUAUACAGUAAUUUUUGUAUACAUUAGCAAAGCACAUGAUUCACUGUUGACCUGAAAUUAUUCAUAAUCCCAUCUAAUUUCUUGUAUAAUUAAAAUAGCAAAACUUUUCUUUAAACUGAAGUUUAUUUUUAUGAGUUUACACUACUUAGAAACACACUAACCAACUUAUAUGUACACACUAAAACUUACAAUUAGCAUUAUCUCUUUUAUAUACAGCUCGUUUCUAUCGAUAAUAUAGUAUCCAAUUAUGUAUUGUGUUUAAUAAACAAGAUAAACAAAUAUAGUUACAUGACAUUACACAAAAUAUUUUUUUAUAUUUUUACAUAUUAUCUACUUUAUUUAAUAGUGUUAAAUGAUGAAUAAAUAUCUGCAAUUUCA